AGACGCACCUAUGCCUCUUCUGAGUCCGCGGCCGAGUCCAAAGAUGGCCACGCCCAGCAACUCCAGCCUCUUCUACACGGUCGAGGUCGGGGACACGCGUUUCACCAUCCUCAGGAGGUACACCAACCUCAAGCCCAUUGGCUCGGGGGCUCAGGGCAUAGUCUGCGCGGCAUACGAUUCUGUGACCCAGCAGAAUGUGGCCAUCAAGAAGCUGUCGCGGCCCUUCCAGAACGUCACGCAUGCGAAAAGGGCAUACAGGGAGUUCAAACUCAUGAAGCUCGUCAACCAUAAGAAUAUCAUCGGAUUGCUGAACGCCUUCACGCCACAGAAGUCGCUGGAGGAGUUCCAGGAUGUCUACCUGGUGAUGGAGCUAAUGGAUGCCAAUCUGUGCCAGGUCAUACAAAUGGACCUGGACCACGAGCGUAUGUCCUACCUCCUCUACCAGAUGCUGUGUGGGAUAAAACACUUACACUCAGCCGGCAUUAUCCAUAGGGACCUGAAGCCUAGUAAUAUCGUGGUAAAAUCAGACUGUACACUCAAGAUCCUAGACUUUGGUUUAGCACGGACAGCUGGUACCACAUUUAUGAUGACUCCCUAUGUUGUAACUAGAUACUACAGAGCUCCAGAGGUAAUUCUAGGUAUGGGCUACACAGAGAACGUGGACAUUUGGUCGGUCGGCUGCAUAAUGGGAGAGAUGAUUCGAGGAGGUGUCCUGUUCCCAGGGACGGAUCACAUUGACCAGUGGAAUAAGAUUAUUGAGCAACUGGGCACUCCCUCGCAAGAGUUCAUGUCAAGGUUACAGCCAACUGUUCGCAACUAUGUGGAAAACCGUCCCCGCUACCCAGGCUAUUCCUUCGACCGCUUGUUCCCCGACGUGCUGUUCCCAGCCGAGUCCACGGACCAUAACAGACUCAAAGCGAGUCAAGCACGCGACCUGCUAUCAAGGAUGCUCGUGAUAGACCCCGAGCGAAGGAUAAGUGUAGACGACGCGUUAAUGCAUCCCUAUAUUAAUGUGUGGUAUGAUGAAACUGAAGUCAAUGCUCCUGCCCCAGGCCCCUAUGACCACAGUGUGGAUGACCGCGAGCACACUGUGGACCAGUGGAAAGAGCUCAUCUACAAGGAGGUGAUGGAAUAUGAAAUGGUCCACAACUCCCCAGGUGGGGCAGGGGCUGGGGCAAGGGGCCCCGCACCCACCCAUGGUCACGCCCCACCGGCGGCCACCAAUGCAGCUGCUGAUGGGGACCAAGACCAGCAUCGCCCAAACCACAGAUAGGGCUGCCCUCAACCCUCUUAGCAGUCCCUCCGCCCCAAGCCUGCCUCCCAGCCACCUCCUUGGUUUGUACACGGCUCACGCGCAGAGUCCCUCGGCCAGGAUGCUGGGGCCCACACACACGGGAGUGAACCCUCGAGGCCGCGU